CUGACAUUUUUCACAUAACGACGUUAUCUAGAAUGAACGUCGUCGAUGUUUCAUGAAAAGCAUGUUUAUUUACAAGUUAUUUUUCUAUUUGUUGAUUGGGUUGAUCACUGCGGUUUACGGAAGUAAUGUGACGGUGACCUUGACCCCUAAAACCAUUACGCUUGAAGGAGGCCACAGUAGUAACGCCAGUCUGUGUUUAUCACAGUCCUUGUCAAAGACGGCCAUCUUGUUGUUCACCUAUGACACUGGAAAAGGAGUGUUCUUCUCAGAUGACAGGGAGGUUGUCGCCCCCCUUCAUAACCUAACGCUAAGGAGGGGCACCCCGCUGUGCAGACAUGUCCACAUCUCCGGCGUCAACCCUGGCCACGUCUUUGUCGGCGUCAACUCAACGUCACCAGAGUUUGAAGACCUGUCGUCACUUUACAUCCGGGUAGAUGUCAUCAAGAGCUCCGCGCUGAAUAUUGUCUCGGUUGUAAUUGGCUGGAUUUAUUUCGUUGCCUGGACACUGGCUGGUUAUCCCCAAGUCUACACCAACUGGAGAAGGAAGAGUGUCGUGGGCCUCAACCUUGACUUCAUCAGCUACAACAUGACAAGCUUCAUCGCAUAUGCUCUUUACAACUGUGGGCUUUUCUGGAUACCAUCAAUACAGGCGGAAUACUUCGUGAUACACCCCCGGGGCAUCAACCCAGUGCAACUGAAUGACGUAUUCUUCGCCCUGCACGCCUUUGUCUUGUCGUUGUUCAUCGUCAUCCAGUGCCUCAUAUAUGACCGAGGCAGUCAGAAGAUCUCGAAGGUGUGUCACGCCAUACAAGGUCUCAUCUAUCUGUUCCUGGUCAUCACGCUGUUUGUUGCGGUGGCCGGCAAGAUCACCUGGCUGACUUACCUGUACUACUUCUCCUACAUCAAGCUGGGCAUCACGCUCAUCAAAUACUCACCACAGGCGUACAUGAUCUACAAGACCAAGUCUAUAGAAGGGUUCAGCAUUGUGGCAGUGGCAUGCGACUUCACAGGGGGACUGUUCAGUGUUCUACAAAUGUUUCUUCUCUCCAUAAACAGCGAUGAUUGGGGUUCCAUCAUCGGCGACCCCACCAAGUUUGGCCUCGGUCUGUUCUCCAUGAUGUUCGACGUGGUGUUCCUCGUACAGAACUGCAUGUACAAGAAGGUCGUCGUCGACGAAGAGCGUACCCCCAUUCUCAUUAAUGAGGAAAAAAGUUAACCUCUACUUAGACUCUAAGCAUGGGGAGAUACGUUUUUACAACAUAACUCGAGGAUCGAAGCAAAUCUGUGAUAAACAAAAUGUAAAAAUAUAAUGGUGCUUGUUGUCUGCAAUAUUCCAACCAUGUGAUGGCGCCUAUAGGAGUGAGUGAGUUUUGGUUUUACGCCGCUUUUAGCAAUAUUCCAGCAACAUCACGGCGGGGGACACCGUUUGCAUUAGUCACACCCCAUUCAAAAUCAUCUAGAACCAGCGUUAUUUUCUCUUCCGCUGUCAAAUCAACAAAGGAAGCAUUCUGCAACACCAGGGGAGAUAACUCUUGACGUAGUAAGAUUCAUUCUUAAGCCUACAAGAGUUGCCUCCCAUAUUGAGUACCUUCCUACAUAAUGUAACACCUAUUUUAAAAUUCUAUUAUCAGUAUUAGAAAACAAAGAUUUUCUCAAUAAUUUCUGGGAAAACUGUAACAGUAGUGCGCACUUAUAUCUGAUGAGAUGGAGAUGUCUUCAUCAUGGAAUACAGUGUGUUCUGUUUCAAUUCUAUAAUACUCAGCCCAACCGACAUGACUGAUGGAUAGUUUGUUAUUUUGCAGCUUAACUGUACAAUACGUCUAAUUCAGCUGAAUGACUGCAGUCAUAUAAUCGGCACUAGAUCACACAAUCCAGUGAAUGACAUCAUAAGCAUCGAUCUAAGAAAGUGGAAUACGAUGUCAUGCAUUAACAAACUCUGCGAGCCAGACCACCCAUCCAGUCAGUUGCCUGUUACGACAAGCAUGGGUUAUUUGAAGACCAAUUCUAACGGGUAUCUUUAAGGUGAAUGAAUGACUGGAUCAUGGUUGUCAGUUGUUGCAUGGGUGGUGUGUGGAUGAGUGAGAGUGGGUGGUUGAAAGAGUGAGUUGUGGACCGUGUGAUCAGCCAGCUGGAGUGUGUGUGGUUGAGUAGAGAAAACUGAAUGUGUGUACAAGUGGUUGUCAGUGAAUAUAUAAAUACUUCUUAAUGCAGACUGUAAGACCACACUUUGUUUCUUGAUAGUGAAAGAUUUGAUCAUGGAGUUGGGACUUUUUCAAAAUAAUGCUCUACUGAAUAGUUUUCGUCAUCUUAAAUGUUGAUAGAUAUGCCUUGGUAUUUAACUUCUUUGAGAGGCAUUUAGAAGUUUAAUCACUUCACUGUGAGUCACUGUAUGAAGUUGUUCAUCCACAGAUUGUUAUACCUUUAAAGUACUUUGAUUUGUAAUGAUUUACUGUUGAAAUAAAUUUUGUUUUAGU